CCAAGCAACGGCGAUGGUAGCAGCCCCAGCACCAGCAGGAAACGAGGGCCUCGUCUUGCCCGGCCAGCCGCUUCUCUUCCCACCGCGCGCACCUCUUCCGCAGCCCGGUAUCGGGGCAUACACCCGUGGGUCGCAGCUCCUUGCCUCCGUCGUCGGCCACCAAAGACCCGGCGAAGGCACGAUCCAGGGCCUGCCCUCGCGCUUCGUCGUCCCGCAGCCCUCGUCCGUGGUCCUCGGACGCGUAACACGAGUCACGCCGAGGCAAGCCACCUUGUCGAUACUCGUCGUCGAUGGCAGGCCGUGCUCUUCGGGAGACUGGAGGUCCUGCGGCUUUGCAAAUCACGCGGCCGGAGAGGACCCGAGCGGAUCCGGUGGGGAUUUCACCGGCGUGGUCAGGCAGCAGGAUGUUAGGGCGACCGAAAAGGACAAGGUCAGGCUAGCAGAUAGCUUCAGGCCGGGAGACAUUGUUCGGGCUACCGUGAUCUCGCUCGGAGAUGCGCGAUCCUACUAUCUCUCAACGGCAUCAAACCAUCUGGGAGUUGUAUAUGCGUUGCCAUGCCCGGAUCCGGCAGAGCUACAAGUGCCUGCUGCGGCGGAUCUCCAACCGUUGGAACCUAUCAGCUGGCAAGAGAUGCGGAACCCAAUAACGGGCGCCAUCGAGAAGCGCAAGGUAGCCAAACCGGAAUAGAAACGUCGCUCACGCACAUGCACAACAAAUGUAUUAUAGCACUGUCUCUACCAGCUAAUGAGUUAGGAAGUACUCGAGCAUCUUG